AUGGUUGGUGUGGUUCGCGAAAGGGAAGAGAGUGAGCUGGAUGACCGGGCUGCAUUUACUGACCUGAAGAAAGCCCGGAAGGAAGACUGCGCUCCGAUGAUGCGUGGCUUCAACAAAGUAGCAUCUCCAGCGCAUAAUGCAGAGCGAAUUUUGAAAAUGUUCCGUGAUCAGAAGGGGCUGAACAUUGGGACCGCGGUUGACCUGUACGAGCAUGGCCUCCAGACAGCCACAAGGGCAUACCGAGAUGGUUGUGAUGAGGAGACGGUCGUGGUCGCCUUGUUGCAUGACCUAGGUGAGUGCUGGUCCCCCAUCAAUCAUGGUGAGAUAGUUGCCAGCCUGUUGCGCCCGUACAUCAGCCCAGAAAACUACUGGGUUCUCGUUCACCACGAACUCUUUCAGGCGUAUUAUUAUCAGGAUGCAUUCGACCUCAAGGAGAAGAACUCCAGAGAUCGGUUCAAGGACAGUCCUCAUUGGAAGGCUUGCGAGACAUUCUGUGAGAAGUACGAUGCGCCUUCUUUUGAUCCUAGUUAUGAUUCAUUGCCUUUGGAACACUUUGAGCCCAUGGUCGCUCGCAUCUUCAAUCGCAAGCCCUAUGUUGAGAGCAAAAGUGGCGAUGACAGCGAGGUGAACAAGGCGAAGCUUACCCUGGCAGAGGCCUACCCUUCUCCAGAAGAGCUGGAAGCGGCCUAG